AUGCUACCCGGGAUAAUAGAUUUUACAGCUAUACGGUGGGUCUNUAGAUCCAACUUGAAUCAACUUUUUCUUACUCUAUCCUCAAAUUCUACUCGGGAUAUUAGAUUUUACAGCUAUACGGUGGGGCUUGGCCCUCCUGACAGAGUCAUUGGCCUCUUCCUAUGUAGAGGUGAUGUUAAUACUGACGUUUGCGAAGAGUGUGUCAGAAACGCUACUACGGAAAUCUUGCAACGCUGUCCCAAGGAAAAAGAGGCAGUUAUCUGGUACGACGAGUGCAUGUUACGUUACACAAACAUAUCCAUAUUCUUCAGGGCUGAACAAGAAGGAGAAAUCACCUGGUUUAACACCCUGAAUAUCACUGAUCAACCUGAUAGAUUCAGAACUGUGUUGGCGGCUACCUUGAAUGAAUUAGCAACAGAAGCAGCAAAUGAUCUCUCUAGUAAAAAAUUUGCUACCAAACAAGCUAAUUUCACAGCAUUUCAGACAUUGUACACUCUGGCGCAGUGCACCCCUGAUCUUACGAGCGGUCAAUGCAAUACCUGCCUUCGACAGUGUAUCUCGUCUUUACCGUAUUGUUGUGAUAUUAAACAAGGAGCAAGAGUAAAUUACCUCAGCUGUAAUAUUAGGUAUGAGAUGUUCCCAUUUUAUAAUUCUACUUUGGUCCCUGCACCAGCACCUCCUCUUCCGCCCCCGACUCCAUCGCGUUCUACAACCAAUGAAGGAAAUGGGGGAAUGUCAAGACAAGUUAUUAUUGCGAUAGUUGUUCCAGUUGUUGUUUCCUUAGUGAUUUUCUUGAUAGGCUGCUUCUUUUUGACAAGGAGAGCAAAGCAGAAACGUUAUGAUGCUGUCAACGAGGAAAAUGACGAAGUAAAUGAUAUUUCGACAGUUGAAUCCUUGCAAUAUGAUUUGAAUACUGUUGGCUUGCUACCAACAACUUUUCUUCUGAUAACAAGAUUGGUGAAGGUGGAUUUGGGAGUGUUUACAAGGGUACUUUUCCGAAUGGACAAGAAGUAG